AGUUGCGGAAAAUUAUAUUAGAAUCGGCAAACAAAAUGAUUUGUUUUAUGUAGAAGAAGUUCUCAUAACAAAUCGGAUUUGUAUCUGAAAUUUUAGGCUUUCUUUGGCGUCAAACUCCUGCAGUUUUAAGUAUUUAUAGCUCUAAAUAAAGCACUAAUCUUUAUUGAAGUACUAUUCAACAAAAUAAAUGUUCUAAAAAGUAUUUGGUGGAACUACACAACUCGUAAAGUCAAAUUAAGUUGUCAUGAUUUUCUAUAGAAUUCGACAGUUAUAGACCCAGGGUGUCCUCUGAAAACGAUAAAUUUAAUUCUCGAGUUUUCCCGGUUUCAGCAUGAAAAAUUUCCCGAUUUUUUAAUUCCUUAUGGCUUAGAGUGAAUAUGAAAAGUUAUCAUCUUACGACCGAUAAUUAUAUCUAGAACCAAAAAGCAGGCACUUUUUCAAUAGAGCAUUCUAUCAGGGACAGAAAAAAGAAUUGUCGGACAAAAAAUACACAAAACUAGCAACAAAGAAGGCGCAGCGAUUACUCUUUAUCUACCAAUCUGGAAAAGAGGCGGAUGUAACCCACCCCGAACCAAGGGUGUAAGGUCCUACCCUCUACGCCCACCCAAACAUUCCCACCUGCGCGUCAUCUACUGUUGGUUCUAAUUUGUUAACAUCUUUUGUUUAAUGGUUUUAUAAACAUCAACAGUAGCACAAACAUCAGUGUUUUUCUCUCGAUUUAGAUGCUUAUGAUCAGUGUUUUCGGUAAUUAUCGAAAUUUCAGGAGUCAUAGUGUUAAGUUAUCCUCUCAUUUGAGAAAAAUAAUCGCCAAGGGAGUUUUCAAUUUUUAGCCGAUUUUCGCACUCCAAACAAAGCAAUAACAAAAACAAGCGAGACUAGAGGCUAAUAAUUCAUAAUGGUGAAAACAGACCACUGAUUUUUUUCGUAAUGAAAAUUUUCAAUCUAAUAUGCUGAAUACAACAAUUUGAACAUAAAAAUCACAUACUGAUUUGCUUUUAGCAUGAUAAAAUGGUAUAAAAUUCAGUUUUGCAAUCGAAAUUUGAACUUUUUUUGUUUGGUAGUUACGUCUUUUUAUUGGUUCUAAAACAUGAUAGAGGAUAGGCGAAAUUUGUUCCCAGUUGACAGUCAACUUACACCCCUGCCUCGAUCAGCUUCCAUGGCUUAGACCAGAAGUCAGGGAUUUGGAGUGGCAGCCCGCAUAGAGAAACACAGUUUUUCGAAUUAUUUGUCAUAAAAUUAUAAAUUUUACGUAAUUCGUACUUGGAGACCUUGAAUUGAACCAUCCGUAAUCUAGAUUUGAGCUAGUAAACGGGGUCCACUAUUGGGUAGAUCGUGUUCUUUUACCAUGUAAAAUCGGUGACAAUAGUGGACCCCCUCAGAUUUAACCUAUAGUGGACCCCCAGACUUGUUUACAUUUACAAAUUUGUUCAAAUAAUCAAAUUUCGCCUUCCAGACUAGUUUCAUCACAUGGAACUGCUGUCUAGGGAUAUGAGUCAUGGUCUCCCGGUGGAAGUUUACCGGUAGAAGCAGAUUUGAGCGGAAAAUUUGAGAAUAAUUGCUAGGGGUCCACUAUAGGUUAAGGGUCCACCAUUGGAUAAAAUACCAUACUCAUAUUUGUAUGCGUGAAAACUCAAAUAUUACCAAUACUUUGAAAUCAAACUCGUCAAAAAUAGUUUCUUCAGAAACAAUCCAUGUGUAUUCGAUCAUUUAUUUAGUUAUUGUCACGUGAAAAAUCAUAAAUAAAAAUAAAAAAAAUAUUUUUACCUUGAAAAUAUACCAUUGCCUAACUGACCCCACAAUACCCUGAAAUUCCAACAUUUUCAUGACUUUAUGCAAUUCAGUAUCAUAAUUUACAUUUUAUAUAACUAAUUUAGGUAUCAUAAUGGCCAUUUUUUCCGAACUGGCUCAUUAUGCAACUGAAAUGAGUUGCAUAAUGAAAAAUAAUUGUAUAAUGUUCAUAAUGCAACUCAUUUGAGUUGCAUUAUGAACAUUAUGCAACUCAAAUGAGUUGCAUUAUGAAAAAAUCAUUGCAUAAAAAUUUGUAUGGAACUCGUUGCAAAACUCGAUUUUUUCAGCACUCUUCGUAUUUAUCCAACUCGGCAAGCCUCGUUGGAUAAAUGUACGACUCGUGUUGAAAAAAUCAACAUUUUGCAACUCGUUACAUAAAUAACUAUUUUGUAUGUUACGUUACUUAAUGGAAUUGGGGCGAUGGUAUCCCAGCGAAAAAAUCAUUAAAAUCAUAACAGUUGCCUAUACAUGAAUCAUCCACCAACCAAUUCUAAAGAAAAUUUGCUUUCGAAUAAGCCAUCGAUGUUUAUAUAGGGUCUUGUAUUAAGAAAGCUUCCCACCUUCGGGCUCAAUUUUGCCCAAUGUGUAAUCCUUUGUUUUUCGUAGGAUGAAAAUGGGAGUCAUAUGCUUAAUAAGGGAACCAAUACCCUAUUUAUCAAUAGUCAUUGAUAUCUGGACAUAUUCAACUGAAAAUUUAUAAUAAAUAAGUUCAUGAUCUAUAGUCUUGAUCAACGUCUCCUGAGAUGGAAUUCAUCUUUGUGUGAUCUGAUUCUCGAGAUACAAAAGUAUACAACUUCUAAUACUCAGUCCUGCAUGUAGUGUCCACACUACUACAAAUAAUAAUAUCUUGAGUGAAUACAUCUUAGAGUGCAUGCUGUCACUCAUGCGUAGGUAAACAAUAAACAAAUAAAUAUGCUCAGUUCUAUUCAGACCAACGCCGCGUGUACACGUCUCUCUUGUGAUGCAUCCGAAGACCACUUUCCGACACUACAUUUGGCUUCGAGGAUGAAACUGUUUUUUAGUUUGUGAUGGAAUCGUACCUAGUAGUUUAUCAAAAUCACGUUACAAUAAAAGAAAGUCGAGGAACGGACGAAUGAAUGCAAGCGGUCGAUCGGAAAAAAGUGUACUGUUCAUAUAAAGCAGCGGCUGCAGAUGGAAGGUCGUUUUGUUUUGUUUUCUCUAGAUCAGCAAUAGAACGGGGAAGAAAAAAUAUUUACGGAUUUUUUGACUUAUCGAAUCAAUUAAUUCAUCAUCGGAUUGCUUUUGAUAUCUUGAUCAACCUUGCCAAAAAUAAAAUUCUGAGUAAAAUUUCUAAGACAUUUUAGCGUCACACCCACGGAAUAUACACAGAAUCAAAUAAUUUAUCAUCGGAUAACUCUUGAUGUCCUUAUAAACUUUGCCUAAAACGAAAUUCUUCUGUGUGGUCUGGUUCUUGAACUACAGAAGUUUAAAACUUCUCACUAGCGCUACCGAGCAAAUGCAUUCAGAAUCAACUAGUUCAUUAGGGACCAUUUAUUAACUAUGUUGAUGACCAUGUUGGUCAUUUCAGCCCCUCUUCCCCCUUUCGUCUUUAAAAAAAUAAAUAAAAAAAAAUAUGGAAAACCGUACAUGGCUUAUGAAUAGCACAUUAUCGGAUGUCUUUUGAUGUAACAGUUAAGAGUUUCUAUGACUUACUAGUGUUACCUAGCGAAUUAACCUAGAAUCAACUAGUUCAUUAUCGAUCGGACAGCUCUUGAUGUAUUGAUCCACUUUCACUUUGUCAAAGACGAAAUUCUUCUAUGUGGAAUGAUUCACGAGAUACAGCAGUUGAGAUUUUCUAAGACUCAGCGUCACCUAGCGAAUAAACCUGCUAAAACCAACAAGUUCACUAUCGGACAGCUCUUGAUGUUCUGAUCAAAUUUAUCGAAUGCGAAAUUAUUCUAUGUGAUCUGGUUCUUGAAGUACAGAAGUUUAAAACUUAUGAUCAUUAACGCCACCUACUGGAGCAAAUAUGUACUAAAUGACGUACUAUCGUAAAGUCCCAGACCUCCUGAACAACUUUGCUGAAGACACUAGUCUUCCAACAUGCCUCAUUUCUCCACGGUAAUCGCUAAAGUUACUGGUCUAUAAAUAGAUCGCUGGGCGUUAAUGGGUUAACUUUGAAAUCAUGUUUAGCAACUUCAAAGAAACUAUGAAAACUAUUGAACACUUGUUAACUAUGGUAUGGAGUGAAACCCAAAAUUAUCCAAGAUGUGGACCCUCUAGAAUUCUACAUAUAGUGAAGAAAUUUUUGAAAUUUUAAAUUUUAAUUUUUAAAAUUUUUGAAAAUUUAAAAAAAUUUAAACGUUCAAUAGAACCGAAAGAUUAUCUUGAAUAAAUCGCACUUUUUAUUGGAAAGGAACACUUUCAUUAUUCGUUUCUCCAAAAAAUGUAUAACGGCUUACUAAAGAAAUGUCUUAACGAUUUCUUUCUUAAGCUGCUAUCUGAUGUUUCCUUACCUGAACCAUCAAAAAAGUUCAUGACAUUCGACUGAAACUUCUUCAUUAUUUUGACUAAAAUCUUGAUAAAUAAAUCAGCUUAUGAAUUGCAAACAUCAUUUUUUAUUGGAUUGGUGCCUGCUUAAGGAGCAACAUCAAGAAAUCCCAUUGCAAUUUUGCAUACAAACUUUAGAGAGGCACAAAUCUGACGAACGAAGCCUCGGACCAAACCGCACUUGUUUAUCCUGGCUUUGCUCACUUGCAAAAAAAAAGCAGCUCUUGCAACUCGUGUGCAUUUGUUUACGAAUUUUCAAGAUUGGUGCUCUUAAAAACGUGAGUAGGGGUCCAAGUCCGCCAUUGUUGCAGCCAUAUGUUUCUCCUUAACAAUGAAUUUUCGGUGGAUGAAGCUCUUUGAUCACCCAACUAUCACUUGCACGUCACAAACAAGCAAGCUUGCUGAAUUAUUGCUUGAUAAUGGUAAUGAUAGCUGAACUAAAAUUAUGCUCUACACAUUACUGUUCAAAUAAUGUUUCAAUUGAAAAAGUAGUCAAUGUUCGACUUUCCUCAUCGGUAUUGUUAGGAGAAGUAAAUCAAAAUACGCACCUGAAAGUUAAUCCAUUGUUACUUAGCUUUAAAUUCUUUCAUAACUUUAAUUUGAUAAUUCUAAUUGAAAUGAAAUUGUAAAAACUAUGAAAUUAAAAAGAAUUACUUCCUAUAGUACCUACCUUUCAAAUACUUUGCGCCUAUGAAAUAUUUACGUUGCAGAAUCCAUGUAAGAGCCAGAAGAGGUUACUGUCAAAUAAAGGCAUUCGUAAAAAGUUCUCGAACAAACCACACGCAGUUUUGUCUUUCUCCAUCAAUUUCGUUUGGCCAGUCCGAAAGUUGCGAUUAGAGUCGCGAAUCGCCAGUCCCGUCGAUAAAUCCAGUUAUCCUCGGUAACAGUGACCAGUUCCGGAAUUAAGUCGUCGUCGUCGUCAACAUUGUGGUGCCGAAACCCGGGAACGUUUCCCGUUGCAGCAGCUGUCGGAGGUGAAAGCUAACCUCAACCACCACGUGGUCGUCACAGUCGCGUUGAAACUCGCCGGAAUUGGAACCGAAGUUUCGGUCGGAGCUGCACAGCGUUCUUGUCGUCUCGCCAGGAUCCAGCAUUCUGUCCAUCGUCGAAGCUGCAUCAGCAACAUCAGCCGAAUUCGCCGUCGUAAACAAAGAAGCCGACAUCGUCCCAGCCGGAAGGCAGCUACCCGGAGCGUAGUGGAUAUUAGGGUGAUCAGUGGUAAUAGGUUGCAGUAAUACCAGGUAUUUGAGAUCUCUUUUUAUGGUGACGGGUUGAACAUGACGCCUCCAAAGAAGACGACGAAACAGACGAAACUCAAACUUUUGCAUCGCCGUCGUACAAACGUUUUGGGGUCAGCAAAUUUGAUAAAGGCGUUCAAUGACGAGUAUGACCCAACGAAAGAGGGUCAGGUUAAAGUUAGAAUAGAGCGCCUCGAUAAUUUAUGGCGCGAAUUUGAAGAAGUUCAAGAUGAGAUUGAAGUGCUAGAGGAGGCAGAUGAGGAGUUUUCCGAGGAACGACAGAAUUUUCAGACUCUUUACUUUGAACUGAAGGCAGCGCUGCAAGCAAAACUCCCUCAAUUACCUUCAAGUUCAAACCAAGUGCGUCAAGCGACGGUACUAAAUCCAAUAUCGUCAAACGUUCGAUUGCCUGAGAUCAAAUUGAGGGAGUUUUCUGGCAACCUUGAUGAAUGGGUGUCCUUCCGUGACCUCUAUGUUUCGUUAAUCCAUACGAACCAGCAGUUAACAGCGGUUCAAAAGCUACAUUAUUUACGGGCCACUCUGUCCGGUGAAGCUGCUCGAAUAAUCUCGUCGCUCGAGAUUUCAGCCAACAAUUAUGCAGUUGCCUGGAAUUUGUUGAAGGAGCGGUUCGAAAAUCCGAGCCUGUUGAUAAAACGUCACAUGUCAGCCCUACUGUCUAUUCCUCCUUUAAAAAAGGAAUCUGCUGUAGGGUUAGCAGAGCUGGCGGACGAAUUCGACCGCCAUGUCCAACUGUUGGAUAAACUCGAGAACGUUGAAAGCCACUGGAACUCGUUCCUCAUUGAACGGUUGAGUCAAUGUCUCGAUGCUGUUACACUCCGUGAGUGGGAGACACGCGUGGCAACUGAGGUUGCGCCCACAUAUCAUAGCUUACUCGAGUUUAUCCACCGGAGGUCACGGAUAGUACAAACUUUGAAGCUCUCCCAACCGGCAACCACCCAUUCAGAUACAAAACCGUCGAAGUCACGAAAUAUUGUCGCCCAUGUAGUUUCUGAAAACGUUCCCAGGUGUGCAAGCUGCAGAAACGCACACUAUUUGUUUCAAUGCGAAUCUUUCAAAGCCCUGUCUCCACAUCAGCGCUUUGAAGUAGCGAAGAAGCAGGGUCUGUGCAUAAACUGCUUAAAGGGGUCUCAUCUGGCGAAAAAUUGUUCCAGCGGGUCAUGCAAAAGUUGCGCCAAAAAACACCACUCGUUGUUACAUCUGCCUCCCAUGUCGGCGGCUGUAAGCUCCCCAUCUGUCACAACGUCAACAUCUGCACCUUCUAGCAAACCAGCUGUAGCAAAUCCGUCACAAUUCAGUCAAUUCUCGCAUCUCGUGUCGCCGCGAAACUCCUCGCCGGAGGAUCAUUCGGUUGCCUCACCACCAGUCGUAUCGUCGGUACGUUCGAAUGUGUCACGCGAUCAAUUCCUCCCCUCAACGUCGCGUAUCUCCGCCGGUAUCGUUACAGAUAUUCCUCCUCCCACCUCUUACCAAAGUGCACAAGCAGAAACAAGAAACUGUAGUGAUUCAACAGUACUACUUUCAACGGCAGUGAUUAAAGUGAAGGAUGUGAACGAUAACUACCAGUUUGCAAGGGCUUUGCUUGAUAGUGGUUCUCAACCUAGUUUCAUAUCCGAGUCGUUAUGCCAAAGGCUGCAAUUGAAGAGAACGAAAGUAAAUUCACCAGUGAGUGGAAUCGGCCAGUCUACCGUAAACGUUCAUUAUGGAGUGACAUUACAUCUCGCUUCGCGCUUUGGAACUUUCUGCACAUCCCUCGACUGCUUGGUUCUACCGAAGCUUACCAUCUCUCUUCCGAGUCACCACAUCGAUGUUUCCCGUUGGAAGAUUCCUCGUCAUCUUCCCCUCGCUGAUCCGCAAUUCAAUGUUAGCCAAGGUGUGGACAUCAUUAUCGGUGCAGCCUUAUUUUUCGAUCUUCUAGAACACCAGCAGAUAUACCUUGACACUGGCUACCCAUCGCUGCAAAAAACGGUUCUCGGGUAUAUCGUUUGUGGAAAAUUAAAUCCUCUGCCAGACGCCAUGCAAACACAAACCAGCCUCAUCUGUGUCGAAGAUCGCCUCGAAGCCCAGCUUGAACGAUUUUGGGAGAUCGAAAAUUUUGAUGACGGCAAAGCUCUAUCUCCGACUGAACAGCACUGCGAGGAUCAUUUCAAGACUACCACUGUACGAGACUCUUCAGGGCGAUACAUCGUGCGAUUCCCAUUCAAAGAAGAGAAGCUGCCGUUCAUUGGUGAGUCGUAUCAUUCUGCAUUUAGCAGAUUCCAACAGAUGGAGAGAAAAUUUGCUGCAGAUCCAGAGCUUCGUAGAAACUAUCAGCAGUUCAUGGAGGAAUAUGAGAGGUUGGGACACAUGGAGUUGAAUACGCGUGCGUCGUGUAGCCCACAGUACUACCUACCACACCAUGCCAUCCAACGCCCAGAGAGUUCGACAACCAAAAUUCGUGUAGUAUUCGACGGCUCAUGUCGUGGUUCUACCUCGCUGUCGCUAAACGAUGUGCUCUACGUUGGACCGACUGUUCAACCAACCUUGUUCUCAAUCGUCGUUAACUUUCGGCUACCUCGGUUUGCUGUAACAGCCGAUGCCGAGAAAAUGUUUCGGCAAAUAUGGAUCCACCCGGAAGAUAGGAAGUUCCAGCAAAUUCUAUAUCGGAGGGACCCGUCAGAAUCAAUCCAAACCUACCAACUUAGGACAGUUACAUACGGCCUAGCAAGCUCGCCGUAUCAUGCCACACGUGUUCUUAACCAACUAGCAGUUGACGAAGGAAACCGUUUCCCUCUAGCGGUACCAGUUGUUCGUAAAGGCGUUUAUGUCGACGAUGUAAUCACCGGUCACGAUGAUUUGAGAGUGAUGAGCGAAACAUGUACACAACUGAAAGAAAUGCUACAAUCUGCUGGUUUUGUGCUCCGCAAAUGGGCCUCCAAUUGCCCAGAGGUUCUCGAAGACAUUCCAGAAGAGCUAUGGGAAACAGCUACGGAACUGGAGCUCGAUCGAUCGCCAGCGGUAAAAACGCUGGGUUUGCUAUGGUUCCCGCAGCGGGAUGUGUUUAAAUUUAAAGUUCCGGUGCUGCAAGAAAUCGAUAAGGUAACUAAACGGAUAGUUGUGUCAGAAAUGUCCCAGCUGUUUGAUCCGUUAGGACUUCUCGGACCUGUGGUCAUUUGUGCGAAAAUGUUUAUGCAAACUCUCUGGGCGGCUAACUUGUCGUGGGACGGAGAACUCUCGGACGAACUUUCAACCUGGUGGAGAAACUACAGGAACAAUAUUAAUGAGCUACGUGCAUUAGAAGUUCCUAGGCGAGUUCUAUGGAAUAGUUGCUCUAACUACACCCUACACUGCUUUUGUGAUGCAUCCAAGAAAGGCUACGGAUGCUGCAUCUAUAUAGUAUCAACCGACGAACAUGGUCAUCUGCAUUCUGAAUUGCUCACAUCAAAAUCUCGGGUCGCGCCUCUUCGUGGCCAAUCAAUCCCCAGAUUGGAACUUUGCGCAGCUUUGCUAGGGAGCCAACUGGUCCACAGUUUGAAAUCUAACACUGAUUAUACGGGGCCGGUUGUCUUUUGGAGCGAUUCAACUAUUGUACUUCACUGGCUGAAAUCUAAAUCGAGUUCCUGGAAAGUGUUCGUGUCGAAUAGGGUCGCUGAAAUCCAGCGCUUAACGAAGGACUCACCUUGGCGCCAUGUGCCAACUGACUCGAAUCCCGCGGAUCGAAUCUCCCGAGGAUUGCUGGCAAACCAGAUAAUACACGACAAAUUGUGGUGGCAUGGACCCACAUUCAUUACUUGCCCCGCAGAGCAUUGGCCUGAAACGACACUGUGGUUGCCAUCCGAAAAGGAAUUGAAGGAAGAGAUGUGCCCAACAGUUUCUCUGCACGCGCAGGUAGCCGAAUUUGCCAUUUUUGAAAGAUUCUCUGAAUUGGGAAAGUUAAUUCGAACAAUAGGAUUUUGCCUUCGGUUUCACAACAAUUGCAAGCUGCCUAAGCACCAACGAAAGGUCGCGCAACUAUCACCAGAUGAAAUCAACGUCGCUCUCAAAACACUGAUUCGUUUAGCUCAGCUGCAAGGCUUUCCAAACGAUGUUCGCAGUUUUAAAAAUGGACAAAACCUCGUCAAAACUUCCAAGACUUCACCGCUCAAGGAUUUGAACGUAACCAUGGAUAGCUUCGGUUUGCUUAGGAUCGAUGGGCGCCUGAGAAACUUGGAUGCACCGUUCGAUACCCGCUGUCCAAUCCUGCUUCCAGCUAAACAUCGACUAAGCUGGAUGAUCAUAAGGUCCAUUCACCUACAGACGCUCCACGGAGGACCGUCGUUGUUACUUGCUACUGCCAGACAAAGAUUUUGGCCACUCCGAGGUCGAGACUUGGCUCGCCGAGUAGUACGAAACUGCAUCACCUGUUUCCGAUGCAAGCCCUCACCAACAAGUCAAAUUAUGGCACCAUUGCCAUCCGUUCGAUUGAAGCCUGCUCGGCCCUUUGCCUACUCAGGAAUGGAUUACUGUGGGCCGUUUUUUGUCCGACCUUUGAGUGGGAGAGGAUCGUCGGUUAAAAUGUACGUCUGUUUAUUCGUAUGCAUGGUGGUGAAGGCCGUGCACCUCGAGGUCGUGUCGGAUUUAUCGUCUAUCGCGUGUAUCAAUGCGGUCAAACGUUUUGUAGCGCGUCGUGGCCGUGUUCUCGAGCUGUACUGCGACAACGCGACCGCAUUCGUCGGGGCGGACCGCGAGUUACGAUCGUUACGACAGCAAUUUCUGCAACAGUUUAAGGAUACCGAAUGGGGCGAAUACUGCGCAGGGAGUGGCAUCACCUUCCAGUUUAUCCCUGCACGCUCUCCCCAUUUUGGAGGGAUUUGGGAAGCUGGAAUCAAGUCUUUUAAAUUCCAUUUUCGCCGUAUUAUGGGACAAAGUUCGUUCUCGGUGGAUCAGUUUGUCACUAUCGUAACGCAAAUAGAAUCUGUGCUAAACUCCAGACCACUCGCCCCCCUUUCAGACUCUCCGAAUGACUUGACUGCUCUAACUCCUGGGCAUUUUUUGAUAGGGGAGCCUCUGCUUGCAAUCCCCGAACCGGAUUUGAGUGAUAUGUCCCCUAAUCGACUAAAUCGUUUGCAGAACAUGAAGCGCUCCGCCCAGCAUCUCUGGCGGUGUUGGUCCCGUGACUACGUCAGCCAACUACACCAACGUAGCAAAUGGAAGCGCCCUGCUGUCAACGUCCAAGAAGGCCAACUGGUGCUGCUGAAACAGGAUCAUUUUCCGCCUUUCCAAUGGCCCCUCGGGCGUAUCGUCGCAACAAUUUGCGGUCAAGAUGGUAAGGUUCGUGUCGUGGUGGUGCAAACCGCGACGGGUCGGUAUAAACGGGCCAUUACGGAGAUCGCAGUUCUGCCAAUCGACCCCGAAGAAGAGAAGGAUGACCAGAAUUCAAACGAAGGAUCGUCGAUGCCAGCCACAAUCAAUUGAAACUGACGGUUUCAACGGGGCCGGCAUGUUAGGAGAAGUAAAUCAAAAUACGCACCUGAAAGUUAAUCCAUUGUUACUUAGCUUUAAAUUCUUUCAUAACUUUAAUUUGAUAAUUCUAAUUGAAAUGAAAUUGUAAAAACUAUGAAAUUAAAAAGAAUUACUUCCUAUAGUACCUACCUUUCAAAUACUUUGCGCCUAUGAAAUAUUUACGUUGCAGAAUCCAUGUAAGAGCCAGAAGAGGUUACUGUCAAAUAAAGGCAUUCGUAAAAAGUUCUCGAACAAACCACACGCAGUUUUGUCUUUCUCCAUCAAUUUCGUUUGGCCAGUCCGAAAGUUGCGAUUAGAGUCGCGAAUCGCCAGUCCCGUCGAUAAAUCCAGUUAUCCUCGGUAACAGUGACCAGUUCCGGAAUUAAGUCGUCGUCGUCGUCAACAGGUAUUAACAAUGAACAAAACACUUUUCAAAAGUUUUAGCAUAUUAUUCGACAAGCAUUGAUGCUUUUACAAAACAGUUUAACUCAACAUUAGUGUGCUUCUUAUUAAGCUGUCUGUCUGUCUGUCUGUCUGACCGCUAUGCAUUCAGAAACUACUGAACCGAUCGGUGUGAAAUUUUGUAUGUGGGUAUUCUUGGGGCCGGGGAAGGUUCUUAGCUUGGCGUGAGACCUCUCCGGUCUCUGGAACGGGGGGCUCCCAUACAAAUGACUUCGCCGGGGUCGCCCCUAUGGAGCUAUAUGUCAAAAAACAUAGUAGGCAGGCAGUACGACGUUUGCCGAGACAGCUGUGUACAAUCAAAAUUCCAAAAGUGUUUCAAUUAUUCAUCCCGGAACCACGUCAAUCGAAGGACAUUAAAACUUUUUUUGGCUUUGGAUGUCACUGGCAAAGUCAGUUUGAUUAGCGAUAAAACAAUGGAAACAAACCGGAUGUGCCAGCGUCCUGACGCUAUCCAGGAAUACUAAAAAAAUACAAGCGAUAAUGGUGUACCCCAUUUUCAAUUGUGAUUUCGAGUCCGGACUGAGGAUAAAUAGAACUAAACCGUACGUAACCCGGUGUGCAUCUGGGCAUAGAAGAACCAGCAUAAGCAACAUGGUGGAUAUUAGCAUGUUAACGGCUAGCGUAUACUGCUUGAUCGGAUCAAGGAUGAUGCUGGUUUCGAUCCACUACGUAGUGUACUGCGAAGCAUUCAAACCAUGGAAUUUCGGUACAUCGGGGCCUAAGGCAGGGUAAUUUAUUGCUAUCAAAUCACACCCUUUGGUAUUGGCUGCGGUGGCGUUAAGCACUUUUGAUAAGCCAAGUAGGUCUUUCAAAGGACAAAUAAUUCAAUUAUAUUUAACACAUAGAGAAUUUCAAGUAAAUAAUUUCAACGAGGGGAAAUAUAGGGACGCUAAAACAUUGGUCUAUGUACUAUUAUUGUACACCUAAGGGGUCCUACAACACUUAGGGGCUGUCCAUUUAUUACAUAAGGGGAUUUUUGAGAUUUUUCGACAAGAUUUUUUGUAUGAGAACCUAAGUGUUCUUGAACCCGCUCGCUCCAUAAACUCUUACGAAAUCAAUGGACAUCCCCUCGUGAAUAUAGUUCUGUUCAAUGAAGAAGGUUGAACAUUGUUGAAGUUGCUGCAUACUGCUCUUACCUAUUCGUAAACAAAUGGGUAAGAGCAGGAUGCAGCAACCUCAACAAUGUCCAAUCUACUUCAGGACUUAUAGCAUAUCUCCAAAUAUCAACACUUUAAAUAAUCUACAACACGGAAUUUCUGUACUCCUAAUGCCAUUUACCCGAGAUCAUUACCCUGGUGACAUAUUUUCUAAAAAAAGCAAAUGUCUGUGAAAAGAGGUUAAUAUUCAUAUCAAAAAGUUUACAAUCUUCGGUACAUCGGCUAUUCUUUCUAGAUUAACCCUCUAAUACAGGUAGGUUGAAAGGACCAACUUGAUCCAAACCGAACCUGGGAAACUAACGAUUGCUCUCAGAAUCUAAACCACCAUGUUGACAGCUGACAGAGGUCACACGCUAUAAAACCGCAGGAACUAAAUUAAUGUCCGCAGCCCAGCAUGGUACAGAAAAGGCUUUGUAAACCUGAACCUGAACUUACAUGCAGCGGUUUUUUGGGACGGGGAAGGUUCAUAUGAUGGUUUCAAACCCCCCCUACCCUCUGAAAACCUCCUAUACAAAUGAAAUGGAAAUUUCUGCAUAACUUGAGAACCAAUCAAGCAAGUGGAAACAAAUUUGCAAUGAGGAGGAUUUAGAAGGUACAGAAUGUUUCUUUGGCGGUGUGUAACUCCUCCACAUUUGAAAAGGGGAGGUCUCAUACAAUUCCGGAAAUUUCUGCGUAAUAUGAGAACCAAUCAUGCAAACAUAACAAAAUUUGGCAUGUAGAAAACUCAGAAGGUGAGGAAUAUUUUUACGGUGAUGUAAAACGCCUUUACCCUUUGGAAAGUGGUCUCCCAUAUACACACGAAACGGACAUUUCUGCAUAACUCGAGAGCCAAGCAUAUAAAAACAAAUUUGCUAUGCGGAGGUUUCAGAAGGCAAAAAUUGCUCCUAUGGUGUGUGUAACCCCUCCUUCCUUUGAAAAGGGGGACUCCCAUACAAAAGCAACGGAAAUUUCUGCAUAACUCGAGAACUGAUUGAGCAAAUGUUACCAAAUUUGUCAUACGGAGUUUUUAAAAGGCAAAAAAUGUUCCUAUGGCAAUGGUAGUGUGAAACCCCUCCCCGUUUGGAAAUGGAACCAAAAUUGACAUGUGGAGGGUUUAGAAGAUAUCAAAUGUUUCUAUGGUGGCGUGACGCGUGAGAUCCACCACUCCCAUCACCCCUUUGGAAAAAAGGGGAACUUAUACAAAUUAAACAAAAAAUAUCUGCAUAACUCCAGAAACAAUCAAUCAAAUUUAGCAUGUGGAGAACGCAAAUAAAUGAUUUCAUGAUGACUUGAGACCGCUCCACCCUCUGAAAAAGCGAGCUUCCAUACAAAUAAAACGAACAAUACUGCAUAGCUUGAGAAUCAAUCAAUCAAAUCGAACCAAAUGUGACAUAUGGAGAUAUUGGAAGGCAAAAAUUGUUUAUAUGAUCAAACAAACGGAACCAAAUUUGGAAUGUGGAGAUUCAAGAGAGGAAGAAAUGUUUUUUUAAUGGCUUGCGACACUCCCCUCUUUGAAAGGAAAGGCUCCUAUACAAAUGAAUCAAAACAUUACUGAAUAUUAUUAGAACAAAUCAAGCUAAUAGCAAGACGUGAGACCCCUUCUUUUUUGGAAUACAAAUAAAACAGAAACUUCUGCAUAGAUAAAAAAUAAUCAAACAAAUGGACCAAAAUUAUGAAUGUGGCGGGGUUUGAAGGCAAGACAUGUUUCAAAAUUCGUGUGCUACCCUUCUUCAUCUCGCAGGAAAAAGCAAAGGAAACUAAAUUUAGAACAGGAAGUUUUUAAAGUCUAAAAAUGUCCAUAGUAUCCGCCCUUGGAAGGAAAAGGCAUAAUUUGGAAAUGGUAUUCGGUUGACGACGAUUAGGCCGAACGUAAUACAACCGAAUGCAAAAUAUCCCGAAUGAACAUUUGGCAGAAUGGCCAUUGAACCAAAAUGUCAUCAGGCGGAAAGAUCAUCAUGCCUUCAUUAUCAGACAGGUUGUACUUCUUGCUGCGUAUACUGCUCACUCCAUCUGAGAUUUCUUCUUUUUUUAGUUAUAGAUAGAGGGUCUUGCCCGGGAUUUCCCGGGACAAAAAUCCCGGGAUAUCCCGGGAUCUGAAAAAUCCCGAAUCCCGGGAUAUUUUUCAGAAAUUCCCGGGAUUUCCCGAAAAUAAAAAAAAUAGCAAUACUAAAACAAAUCUUUUCCCUUUGAAAUCUUCUCUUUGUCAAUGUUUCCUUUUUUCCAUCCAAUUCUACAUUAUCUGUCAGGUAUAGUUUAUUUCUACUUAAAUCAAGUUUAGAUGGAUGUCCUACUAAUUAAACCAAAGAUAUUUUGGCUGAAUUUAUGUCAUUCAUUUUUCAUUUUUUUUUUACUUAUUCGUUUAUUUGGAAGACUCGGGCGCCACAUGGGCAUAACUGAGCCGAAAUCUUUUGUUUUUACAUUGAUUUUACAUUUUACAAUUUAUUACUGCCUUUCCAUUUUUCAUUUAUGUGGCGUUACAUUACAAUUAUAAUCAAACUGAAUUAACAGACAGAAUAUUGGAAUGUGAAAUAAAAUGAUUUAUUUUAAGCUAGAUUGUUCUGGUAGUAUUCUUGGAAUUUAUGACAAUGUUCAACAUUUUUACAAUAUGUGAAAUAUGUAAAUUGUUGCAAAUAUUUUUAGAUGUUUCUGGAGUUAUCCCUUAAGAAUACUGUGUUGUUAUAUAAUAUUCAACAGCCCUGAUCAAUUGCUUGCACAUUUACGUUUAAAUUGUGAGGAAAAUUCGCAGAAAUUUCAAAAGAAAACGGAUAAACAAUCCCUAACCUCUGCAGGACUUUGACAAUCUUUGAAAUAUUUGUUGACGAUUUCGUAAAGAUAUUCGUUGAGACAUUUUGUUCUUAAGUCCAGGCGAAAUUUCCUACGGAGCUCAUUUCAACAAUCACUAGAGAUAAUACAAGUGAUAAUUUUGACGAAAUUUCUAAGAGAAAUCAGUAAUUUAUUUACAAGAAGGAACAGCACACCGUUUUUAGAUCUUCUGCAGAAAUUUCUGUGAUGGUUUAUGGUGAAAAACAGAGGGAUAUCGAAAUGCAAAAAAAAAAAAUAAAGCGAAUCGUACAAUAAAAUCGAAGAAUAUAAUUUAAUACCUUGUCAUCCUGCCAAAUAAAUCGAAAAAAAGAUCAAUGAACUUUCGGGAUAGAAAUGUUGAAAUGGAAAUCAUAAAUAAAUUUUCGGAAGAAUUUUAUAAGGAUUUUUUUUAAGAUAUUCAUAUCAGUUUAACAAGAAGUUUGUUGAGAGGGUCUGUCUUGAAUUAUUCUGGAUUUUUUCCACAGUUUCUUCAAUGUAUUUCACCAAAAAAAAAACUAAUCGAAAUUCUGAAAUGUUAACACGAAUGUAUAUCCACAUAUAAUUGAAAUAGUCACACAUUUUCUUAAAGAAAAAAAAAAAACAAAAUGCGGACAUAUAAUAUCUUAAGAAAUUGCCGUUUGAAAUUUUCAAAUCACCAUUCCAACACUGCCAUUUUAACUCCGUCAUAAAAUUCUCACACAGAAUUCAUUCACGUCUCAGGGUAAAUUAUAAGGAAUUACUCUAGAAACAUAAUCGAGUUCUGUCAAAAAAUUCCUUCGGUUAAGUAAGGCAGAAGUUAACCUAUAGCCCAAGUUAACCUAUUGCGGAAAAAGAUAAACUUUAUUUGAAAGUUUUCAAAUACCUUUGAAUGUCUCCAACUGCCCUCACACAAUCAAAUGUCUAUGAAAUAUGUAUUUUCGAAUAUAAUGGUUAUUAGUUGAUCGAAUUUAAUUAAAAGUGCUUAAGAAAUCGUUCCAUUAACUUUUUCAUCGUUUUCUAGAAAAUUUAGAUUUUUCCCGGGAUCCCGGGAAAUCCCGGGAUUUGGAAAAUAAAAAUCCCGAAUCCCGGGAUUUUUUUCAGUCCGGGAAACAAGACCCUCUAGUUAUAGAGUAUUCUUUCAAGUCAUUGUUUGCGGUCCAACUGCUGAAAAUUAUAACAGAAAUGUUUCCUUCUUUUAAUCAUAGAUUUUUCUUUCAAGUGGCAAUGUAGUGUAGUUGAUGGCAGUUGAACUCUUAACUCCAUGGCAGAUUUGUCCCUAUAAGUGACGCCGAUAAAGAGUUGGUUACGAACCAAACUGCAAAGUUCAUCUGAGAUUUAUCCUUCUUUCAAAAAUAGGCUGUUCUUCUGUAUUAAACUGUUUCCACAGACAAACAGAUGACUUACUCUACCCACUUCCCAUAGUUUCCUUUUUUAACGGACUAUUCAAAUAUUCAGUAGUUAGCCAAUCUCUCACUCAUGUCGCUCGCACCGUUGUUGCUUCUUUUUGAUGUUUGCUCACUACCGCCAUCCACUCAGUGGGUUUGCGAAACACAGCAUAAUAAGCAUUGCGCGAUUCUACUUUUCCGACGAUGAUUCUAAUCACAUAUUGUUCCAAGUGAUACGCCUGUUUGUCUGUGCUGUUACGAAAGAGUGGAGCUUCGCAUAAAAAAUCAACAAAAGAUAAUAAUAAUUGAGGAAAAUAAAGCACGAACUUUGUUUCACAGUCAACAAGUAUGUUCUAUUAGAAGUUAUUAUUAUUAGUCAAAUGCCUCAAAUGGAAUACCCAAGAAACAGAACUAGCUGAAUAACGAUUUCUUAAACUAAAAUUAGCUUAAGAUAAGUUUGUUCCACUCUUAUACAGAUAAAAUGUUUGUUGGAUAUAACGUGCUUCUGUAGCCGGCCUUCCAUUUAAUACACACAUUGGUUUACACAUCGUUUGUAGCCAUAUAACUAAUAAACGAAUGAAAUGAAUAAAACGAUUUUUGAAUUGUUCAAUUUGUCCUAAGGGUGACUGUAUUCAUAUGUAGAAUAAGUUAAGAAAAUUAAAAAAAAAACUUUAGAAAAACUGUGAAUUGAUCAUAAGUUUUAUGAGAACAGACGAAAUUCAAAACCGUCAGAACUAAACCAAUCUAAUGUGCCGUAGUGAAAGAUCCAUAAUUGAAAUGGGCAAUACAAGGUUUGCCGGGUCAGCUAGUGUAUAAAUAAGCUAGUGUAUAAAUUGCAAGUUCCUGUACAAUGUGCUUUUCACUUGUCGAAUAAACGUUUUUAGUCCGUCAUACUUCGACUCGCAACUUUGUUCGGAUAAUGGGAUAAAUCAUGGCUAAAACUGAUUGGACAAGCAAGUUAUCAAAAAACCAACAUUUUAAACAAAUCACACAAAAGAAAACAGAAAAGAAUUAUCUAGCUCAACAUUUAGUGGCAAGAGACGUAAUCAACGCAAUUAUGAGGCAUUUAUUUCUGUAACUAGAUAAACUGUAUCUUGAUUAUUUUUUCAUCUUCCGCAGCAGUUCAGUUGUACGAGAAACUUGGAUCGAUGCAUUUGACAUUUCAGUGCUGCCGUGAUUACUGAAUAAUGUUUCCACAGUAACCUGGAUAACCAAACACCAUUCAGAAGUCAACACAUUUCAAGAAUCCUUAAACAUCCUUAAGCACUUUUGAUUGAAUAUAAUAUCUAUUCUCUGACAAAAAUAUAAAUCAAAAAUAUCUUUCGCGGAAUUCCGACUGAGUGUAACUAGAUUACCGGAACAGAUGUUGUGAAUGCACCACAUAUUGCCAUACAUUUGUUUUGGGCUGAACAGGUGCUGAAGUAUAAGGCGUUGCUCAGUUGAUACCACGUGCUUCGCUAAUUCACCACUGCUGAACACAAGUUCAGGAGUUAUCAUUAUUGAGUCAAGGGAAGUUUAUGUUUUGCUUUGGGUGUCGCAGCUUACCAUAUUUGGGAUGGCGCAGAUAGGAAAGCAUGCGGCUGGCAAUCGACAGAUGUCGAGUUCUAAUCUGGAUUUAGUUAAUUUUGUAUGUAAUUAUUAUUUUAAAAGGUGUUCUUAAAAUGAGAGCAAAUAAUUACUCUUGUGAAAGUUCAACAUUUCUGCAUUUCAUUUAUAUUCAAACCACAGACAAACAGACGUAAAACUUCGAACACAGACAAACAGACGUAACACUUCGAACAUUUUUCGUUUCAAAUCAUAGUCACGGAAACAUAUUCGCCCAAUGCUAAAAGGACUAAGUUUGGCCGACCAUCAACUAGGUGGCGGUAGUGAGCAAACGUCAAACUCGAACAAAAACGAUGCGAGCGCCACGGGUGGGCAGUUGGCCAACUAUCAUAUUUUGAAAAGGACCGAUAAAUCGGUGUACGAUGGGAAUUAUCAGAGUGUUACGUCUGUUUGUCUGUGCUUCGAACAUUUUUCGAUUUACAUCAUAGUCACGGCAACACGUUCGCCCAAUGCUAAAAGGACUGAGUUUGGCCGACCAUCAACUAGAUGGCGGUAGUGGGCAAACGUCAAACUCGAGCAAAAACAAUGCGAGCGCCACGGUUGACCAGUUGGCCAACUAUCAAUUUUUUAAAUAGACCAUUAAAUAGAUGUACGAUGGGAAUCAUCAGAGUUGUUGUCGCACAUAAUAGCGUCUGUAGGUUUGGAUCACUAUCGAGAGGGGCUUCUUCUUAUGGAACAGAUAAUCGAGAAUUCUAACUUAACUAUGAUGUAUAUUUCAAACACUUCAUUGACUUCAACUGUGGACUGUAUUUCUAACUUGGACAAACGACACUUAAUUUCGACUAUGACGAUUUAUUCUAACUAUGAACGGAAUUGAUGUUUCUAACUGCGCACGUCUGACUUGUCACUUGUAUUACGAAUAUCAAGGACUAUUAUUUGGUACUAUUAUCUAUGGCGGUUUUA